CACGUGUGGGUGGCGAUGGCGGCGGCGGCGGCGGGGCCCGGCGCGGGCGCGGCCGAGGACGCGUUCCUGACCUUCUAUAACGAGGUAAAGCAAAUUGAGAAACGAGACUCUGUUUUAACAUCAAAAAACCAAAUUGACCGGCUGACCCGACCUGGAUCUUCAUAUUUCAACCUGAACCCUUUUGAGGUGUUGCAGAUGGAUCCUGAAGCCACAGAUGAAGAGAUAAAGAAAAGAUUCAGACAGCUGUCAAUAUUGGUGCACCCAGACAAAAACCAAGAUGAUGCAGAUAGAGCUCAGAAGGCAUUUGAAGCUGUAGAUAAAGCUUACAAGCUGCUGCUAGAUCAGGAGCAAAAGAAGAGAGCCUUGGAUGUGAUACAGGCAGGAAAAGAAUAUGUGGAACACACUGUGAAAGAAAAAAAGAAGCAGCUGAAGAAGGAUGGAAAACCUCCCACUGUAGAGGAGGAUGAUCCUGAAGUUUUCAAACAAGCUGUAUACAAACAGACAAUGAAGCUCUUUGCUGAACUGGAAAUUAAGAGGAAAGAAAGAGAAGCAAAAGAAAUGCAUGAAAGGAAGCGGCAGAGGGAAGAGGAAAUCGAAGCACAAGAGAAAGCUAAACGAGAACGAGAAUGGCAGAAGAACUUUGAGGAAAGUCGGGAUGGUCGUGUAGACAGCUGGAGAAAUUUCCAGGCAAAUACAAAGGGGAAGAAAGAAAAGAAAAACAGGACCUUCCUGAGACCUCCCAAAGUAAAAAUGGAGCAGCGUGAAUGAUCGUGGCAGCACUGCCCAAGUGCAGCUCCUCAGUCCCUCUCUGCUUUUAAGGACUCAUUGGCACCUAGAGUAAGAUUUGCUUUUUAGUAGACUGUUUGUUUCCAGUACAGUUAAUUAUCAGUCAAAGUAUUUUUUGUACUCUGUCUGUUUGAAAUAGGGCCAGAGAAUGACUCUGGCCAGGGCCCCACUCCACAUAGAGCACUUGGCUUAGGAGAGUCCCCUCCAAUCCUGCUGUCCCGUGUGUCUGCUGCCCUGUAACUCGGUGUUUUGUACUUCACAGAGACUGUGCUGUUUCACCACUUCUGUUUCUAGUUUGAGAGCUGAACAAAAUACUGGAAAUGCAUCCAAACCCUUCCAGGCACCAUCUUUCUCUCCAAGUUCAGCUUGGGAAAGAUCUGGACUGACUCUGGGAGGUUGCUUCCAGCACUGUGCAGUGCAGCUGGCCUGCAGUUAAAUCCUGCAGCUCCUCACUGCAUUGAGUGGUGCUUGGAAAGAGCCUACCCCAAGAUCUGAUUUCCAAACUAAAAUUCCAGCUCUCAGGCUUAGACUUCUGUUAAUCUCAGACCAGCUGGUCACUUCCUAUAAAGGAAAAUAACUUCUCUUGAUUAAUAGUUAAGCUGCGAUGGUCUGUAUGUAAAAUAAAUUUUUACCCAAAUUA